AUGCCCCAAAUCAACGGACAGGAGGUCGGCCCCCUCGGCUACGGCAUGAUGGGCCUGACCUGGCGCGAGACCCCUCCCCCCGAGGAGCAGGCCUUCGCCGCCAUGCGCGCCGCCCUCGACGCCGGCAUGAACUUCUUCAACGGCGGCGAGAUCUACGGCACCCCCGAGUACAACAGCCUCGUCCUGCUCGAGCGGUACCUGGCCAGACACCCGGGGGACGCGGAGCGCAUCGUGCUCAGCGUCAAGGGCGGCUGCAAGGACGGCCUGGUGCCGGACGGGUCCGCGGCCGGCAUCCGGCGCUCCGUCGACAACUGCCUCCGGCAGCUCGGCGGGCGCAAGGCGCGGAUCGACAUCUUCGAGUGCGCGCGGCGCGACGUCAAGACGCCGCUCGCGGAGACGUUUGGCACGCUGCAGCGCGAGUACGUCGACACGGGCAAGGUGGGCGGCAUCUCGCUGAGCGAGGUCGGCGCGCAGACCAUCCGCGAGGCCGUCGGGAUCGCCAAGAUCGUCGCCGUCGAGGUCGAGCUGAGCCUGUGGUCGACCGACGUGCUGACCAAUGGCAUCGCCGCGGCGUGCGCCGAGCACGACAUCCCGCUCGUUGCGUACUCGCCCAUUGGCCGAGGUAUGCUCACGGGCCAGUUCAAGACGCUCCAGGACAUCCCUCAGGGCGACCUGCGCAGGCACAUGCCCCGCUUCCAGCCGGGCAACUUCGAGGUCAACCUGCAGCUCGUCGAGCAGGUCGAGCGGCUGGCCGAGAAGAAGGGCUGCACGCCGGCGCAGCUGGCCAUCAACUGGGUGCGCUGCCUGUCCAGGCGGCCCGGCAUGCCGACCAUCAUCCCCAUCCCGGGCGCCACGACGGCCGAGCGGGUGCGCGAGAACAGCAAGAUCAUCGACCUGAGCGACGCCGAGAUGCACGAGAUCGACGAGACGCUGGCCAGGUUUGAGGUCAAGGGCGGGCGCUACCCGGACGGGGCUCCCACCAACAGCUAA